GGUAGUGCUGAGUCUGAGUUUGCAGCAUUUCAUAGCUGGUCUCAUCACCACUCUGACUUUCACCACAAUGAUGAACUGCACACAGAGAGCUGAGGAGAGCAUACAGGCCACCCACUACAGUUUUCUGGCCACUCUGGAGGUCCUGGGCAAACUGAGUUUUAGUGCCCUGGCUGGUGGUAUGGUGGACACUGUGGGCUUUCCCAUAGCCUUCAUCCUUUUCCUCUUCCUCACCUCCAGCAGUGCCCUGCACGUGUGGAGGGCCACAGAGACUGGCAUCCUGAAGGAGCAGCUCAAAGAGCAGCCACAGUGACCAGAGUUGUUAGCCUAUGAGAUCGAGAGUGUAUGGCUAGGUGAAAGAUAUGGAAAUUGAAUCUUAUACUUUGCAUAAGAUAUUGGUGACCAAAUAGCCAGUGAAAUUAAUAUGUUGUUUUUAUUUGUAUUUAUUUAUGACUCAACCAGCAUUGACGUUACAAGAGCCACACAAGCACUCUCACUGAAAGCCAGCACCUCUCUGAAAAACACUGCAACUUUUUUACAGCUACAUUGCACCUCUACAGUAAACUAGCUUUAAAGGUACUUGCUUUUCAACAAGUCAUCCUGAAUGGCAAGCAGACUGAGCUAUGGCAACACUGUGAAUAUGUCAUCUAGUCUGCUUGAGGCCAGGACAGCAGUCAAAUCAUUUAAAAAAGAAUCGAUAACAAAAUAUGGAUUAUCUAUUAUGUUUGAUAUAAUGGACAAUGACAACUGUAUUAUUCAAUAUGAUUUUACUGGUUAUUAAAGAUGAAUAGCUUGUUUAAGGGUCUAGUCUAGUUUGGUUUAGUUACACACACCCUAGACAUUUACACAUUUCCUUAUAUACAGCAUGUAUUCACCUUAGAAAUGCCUUUAGUUUUUAAUCUGAUGCCUUCUGACACCGUAGAUACAUUUGCAGCAAAUUCCAUCAGCUUAUUGACCAAUCAGUAACAUGCUACAUUUUAAGGACUUGAUUUUUGGAAUCAUGUAAAUUUGGGAACAGUGUGAACACUGAAUUAUGGUACUAUGCUUAGUGGAGUGCAUUUUUGUAUUCUCAAUGCAAUACUUGUAUUAAAGGGGUCAUAUCAUUGGAAAAUGAAUAUUCAUAUAGAGUUAAAUAUAAGUUAAGUGUAUUACGAUAAAGCAUUGUACCUUUUGACAAUAUUGUACAUCCAACCCAGACUCCUAUUUGGUGUUCAGCAGCCAAAAAAUAUUAACUUAACUCCAAAUGAAUUAAUGAAAAGAGUGAAAUGAGUUAAAAACCUUGUGCUGUUCCUGGUUGUGGAGCAACUGAAAAUCCUCAUCCUUCCUAGAAUUAUUAGGAAAUGUUAGAAAAGAGUGGCCCAGCCACAAACAUGACCCAACUACUUCUCAUUUCACAUGUCAACAUGGUGUUUACAUUUGCACGUCUUCAUAAAAAGAGUAGAAAGUGGUCAUGACAAACUGUUUUGAUGCAGAAAACUUGACUAACAUUGUAGGUGGACCUCAGGGAAAAAAAUUAUUUUAAAAAGUAUGAUAU